AUGGAGUGGAGUAACGAAAAAGUGUUAGAGUUCAUUCAAUUUUAUGAAACUGAGAAUAUUAAAUGGAAUCCUAGUAACCCAGACCACAAAAAGAAACAUUUGGUAUAUGAUGCGUGGGUUAGAAUUAAAAACAAGCUCAGUUGGCCUACCACAGUAGAAGAAAUGAAGGAGAAAAAAGAUUCUUUGAUGUCAUAUUACAGAGCCCAUCUCAAUAAAAUUAAGAAAUCGAUGAAGUCACGAGCUGGCGCCGACGACAUAUACCAGACAAAUUGGUUCGCCUUUUCGGCUACGACUAGUUUUCUUCAGCCUCUAUACGAUUGCCGCCGGACUAUAGAUACGCAGAAUGAAAGUGUACAAGAAGAGCAUGCCGAGUGUGACGAUGUAGAUGAAGUAAAUACAGUUAGUCGUAAUACAGAAUACCCAAUUCUCACUAGUUCGCUUAACUCAAGAACAACAAAUAAGCUAGCAAAAAUUAAUUUUCCUUCAGAAAUAUUACAUGCGAAGAGACAAAUGCAAGAGGCAUUUGAGCACGUUAAAAGUAGCUAG